UCAGGUGUAAGCAGUCCAUAGGCACGUCGGUCGGCGCGCGCACGGUACCCGAGACGUUAUGGCGCGAGUUUUUAUUUUUCAAGUGUUAUUAUUUAUUUACGCUGUUAAUUCAGAAAAUGUCGCAUCAACACCGAAGCCGAAGAAAAUUCUAGAUACGAUCAUGAAUCCUUCAUACAUACCAGCGGAUGAAAAACACGGCUCGUACUGGAAGAAAUCCGCCGCCGAGACACUCAAAUCUAAACUCCAGGAGACUAUGAAUACGAAUAAGGCGCGAAAUGGGAUUCUUUUCAUUGGCGAUGGAAUGUCGUUGGCGACCAUUAUGGCUGCUAGGACAUUUGGUGGCCAAUUGGAGAGGAAUUUGGGCGAAGAAAACGUUCUAGAUUUUGAGAAGUUCCCCGUCGCUGGAUUGGCGAGGACUUAUUGCAUAGAUGCACAAGUUCCAGACUCCGCAUGCACAGCCACGUCCUACCUCACGGGCGUGAAGACCAAAUAUGGUGUGAUCGGUCUGGACGGCAAUGUGACCAGGGGGUCAUGUUUCUCCCAACUGCAUAAGGCCAAUUGGGCGCCAUCUAUCGGGCAGUGGGCGUUAGCAAACGGUCUGGAUGUGGGUUUGGUAACAACAACGCGUGUAUCCCACGCCUCGCCCGCGGGGAUGUAUGCGCACAGCUCCGAGAGAAACUGGGAGUCAGAUGCCGACGUGCCAGAGGAAUGCUUGGCUCUGGGCUGCCGGGAUAUCGCGUAUCAACUGAUUAUGAACAAUCCUGGACGGCAGUUUAAGGUAAUACUAGGUGGAGGCAGGCGGGAAUUCCUGCCCAACAUCACUUCACCUCUCACGAACAACACAGGCAGACGCAACGAUGGCCUCGACCUCACGGACAUGUGGCAUGUGGACAAGAUGGAAAAGAACGCCACCCAUCAAUACGUCACUGAUAGAAAUGAACUUAUGAAGGUGUUCAAUUCAGACGACCUACCGGAAUAUCUCCUAGGUCUAUUUCAGAAUGACCACAUGGACUAUCACCUGAAGGCUUCCAACCAGCCUACCUUGGAGGAAAUGGUCGAAGUGGCGAUAAAAAUGUUGAGCAGAAGCAAGAAGGGUUAUUUCCUCUUUGUUGAAGGUGGUAGAAUAGACCAUGCCCACCACGACAGUUACGCCCAUCUUGCGUUGGAUGAAACUGUGGAAUACAGCAAAGCUGUCAAAAAGGCACGAGACCUGACCGACUCUCAGGAAACCCUCAUUGUCGUCAGUUCUGAUCACGCGCAUACCAUGACAGUAGCAGGGUAUCCUUCAAGGGGUAAUGAUAUCCUGGGUGUUGUGGAUACAGCAAGUGGUAUGGAUGGGAAACCCUAUACUACUAUUAGUUACGCGAAUGGCAAAGCCACUUCUAUCAAUGAGAAUGGAAGAGUUGACGUCACGUUACACAGCGAGUUCUCAAAUCGUGCUCUAGACUACUCGUACCCCAGCUUAGUCCCCCUCGAGUCCGAGACCCACGGGGGGGAGGACGUCGCAGUGUUCGCGCUCGGCCCCUGGCAGCACCUCUUCACCUCCAGCUACGAGCAAUCUCUCGUCCCACACCUAAUGGCGUACGCCAUGUGUCUGACAGACGACAAGCACGAAAACUGCAAGCCAAAGUCCAGGCAUAGAACAUUCUGGACGUCCAAUAGCGUAGCAAAUAAACCCGAGUAUUAUGUAAUGUUAACUUGUGCUGUGAUCGCAGGCUGUGUUAGGUAUUAAAUAGGUUAAAUAUGGCGGCGUAGUUACUUAAAAAUAACGUUAGUAAAUAAUUUUGUAGGUUAGAAUAAAACGAAUUUAUCAUUAAUGACUUCAAUUGUUAGAGCAUAAAUUUAUAUUUUUACCCAACGUUUUUAGAAAUGGGCCAUCUCAAGUUGUAAUGAUUUGUUAUUUUGUCUACAACAACCUUAUUCCUAAAUAGAUAUAGAGAUAGCACUGUAUUAUCAAUUAAUAAUUACACUAUUUUGUCACACAACAGUUUUAAAUAGUACAUGAGUUUAAAAUGGUUUUAUGGGUGAAAACUUCAAAUCAAUCUUAUAGAUGAUUCUUACAGUGACAUUGUGAUUAUCACAUUUAUUGUUCCUAAGGAAACAGUCUGAGCAAUUUCAACAAAAGAGUAAAGUGCUAUUAUGUUUUCAAGGAGUCCGAAAUUUUAAUAAAUUAAAAGUAAAGUUAUUUUCAUUUAAAUAAUGUCGAUUAUGUUAUAGCUGUGCAUUUCUCGCGUGAAAUAUUAAAUUGUUUUAGUUGUAAAUAAGCUGCACUAAGUGCUUAAUUUAUAAGUAUUAUUAACGAAUAUUUGCCGUAAAAAUACAGACGUCUAUUAAAUAUCUUUGUAUAUUCUAUUUUAACAUAAUAAACCUACAAGUUUUUUUUCUAAUAACUUUCUUUAUUCAUAUAAUAUAUUAAUGUAUUUAUUAUCUCUUCAUUAAUGUCUUAUUAAAUUUUAUUUCUAUUUAAUUCCAUGCUGUUUUAUCGAACGAUACUAGAACAAUUUAAAAACUUUUUUAAUUUUUUUCCUUCGUAAAUCUGUGUUAUUAUGUGCCAGGACUUGCGCUAAUCAACAAGAAGGUUGGUUGGCAACAGAAAA